AUGGAACAAAUCGAAAACCAAUCAGUCAAACCAGAACAAGUCCCAGAACAAUCACCAAAUCCAAUUGUUGAAAAAUCAACUCAAGCAGAAGAACAUUUGAAUGUUACAGAAGAACCAAUGAUUGAAAGGGCCCAAGCACAAGAUGAUGUUCAAAUUAGAGCCCCAAGCAGUAUCUUGAUUGUUGGUGCUACUGGAUUAGUUGGUCUUAGAUUCAUUAAAUAUGUCCAAAGAAUUGCCACAGAAGAACAAACAAUUUAUGUUUUGACCCGUCGUCGCUUAUUUAGAGAACAUCCUGGAGUUAUUGUUAAAAUUACCGAAGUUGAAAACUGGCCAGCAGAAAUUGCAUUGAUUCCAAAUUUAACAACUGUUUAUUCAGCUCUUUCAUUCAGAUCAAAUAAUAUGUAUAUCGAUAGUCAAUCUGCAGGAACUAAUGAUGAAUUUUACCUUGUCCAUAAUAAUAUGAAUUAUCAAAUUGCCAUUGCUGCUAAAGAAGCUGGUGUUUCAACUUUUAUCUUUACUAGUCAUUUCAGUGUUAGUUAUCCUAUUCCAAGAUUAUUGAUGAGAAGAACUAAAAUGAGAAAUGCAAUUGAAAAAAACCUUGAAGCUUUAGAUUUUGAUAGAUUAAUCAUUCUUAGACCUGGUCCAUUGUUUGGUGUUAGAGAGAAAACCGGAACUUUGAAAGGAUUUUCAUUCACUAGUGUUCUUAGCUCUAUGAAUAAAGUUUUAAAUGAGCCAUUGUAUUUGAUUGAUCCUGUUGCACCUUUGAAUACAAUGAACUUUGCUACAAGUGUUGCCAAGACUGCUGCUAUCAGAGCUAACGGUGAAGCUACAGGUAAAGUUGAAAUUUAUAAUCAAUGGAUGAUCAUGAUGGGUGCAAUGGAUUAUAAUAUGUUUAAUGCAAAUCGUUUGUUAGGUUUGGCUAUGGAAGCUUUUGAAAAAUAUGAUCAAGAUGGGGUCUUGAUUCAUUCUGAUGAAUUCCACUACGAGAUGAAUAUUGAUAUAAACUCACAUUAA